AUGGACAGAAAUGGUAUAAAUCGAGAAGAUAUCGGUAAUCGCUUUAAUAAAUGUUUGGAAGAAGCAUUGAAUGAUACGCGACAGCUUGUAAAAGGUGAAAUAAGCGAGGAUGAAAUAGAUGUCGAACAAGGAUUGCAACAGGCAUCAGUGGGAAAAAUGAUUGAAAAUUUCACAAAGAUAUUAUUGGACAAUGAAAAAGUGAAAUAUGCGGAUGUUAAUGUACAAAUGCACCUGAAAAAUGUUCGAAGUAAUCCAAGGAAGCAUAAUGUUCGGUUCUUUGCAUAUGAACCAUAUGGUGUAGACGAGCGUGGUGGUCAAAUUAUACGCGAUUAG